AAGCAGAAGGCACUGACGCCACUGUGGUUGCACUCGGCCGUAGCUAUUUGUAUGUAGCUGGCAAGCUCGUCAUUGUCAGUAGAAAUCGCCGAGAGAUCAAAAUAAUGGAGUAUGUAAUUUGCACCGCACAAAACUUUUGGAGUGACACUGAGGCCCAACUGUUGAUGGAUAAAUUUCGAGAAUAUCAACAUGAAGUUGGACCUAUGAAAAAAUUUAAAAACAAAAAAUCAAUGUGGGAGAAAAUUUCGGCUGAUAUCCUUUCUGAGUUAGGAUCACUUAAGACAGGAGCACAAUGUGAAAACAGGUACAAAACAGUCAGGAAACGUAAAGGUUGGGUUGACAACCAAGAUGAUAAGGGAGGAGGUUUGGACUUAAAUGGAGAAAGCCCCAAAAGGAAAAGAUUUCCUGAUGAUAACAGAACAUCAAGUGAAAAUUCAAGGAUCCAAACAGAUGGUGCCAACCUAUUAAAAUCUACGGAUGUUACAGAAACAACAGUAGAUGGUGUAGAAGUGAGGAGAGGAGUUGGUCAAGUUAGCUAUAGUAACGUCGCAUGUGAUUCUAACGACGAAGAUGAAAAACGGGAUAAAAAGCGAUUCCGUCAAACCUUAUCUACAGUAUUACUACAAAUUCAUCGAGAGAAGGAAGAAGCGAGAGAGAGGCGACAUCAAGAAAAAAUGGAGUUACUUAAAAUGUUGUUGCAGUAGAUUAGGAAUAAAUUUUUAGCCACAACCUUGAUCGUACGACGUGCUGUUCCUGAUAUGUACAUUCUGAUAUUUUAUGUUUUUUUGUUUUUUUUGUUUGACCGUCUUUCGUGUUUGCUAUCAAGGAAAGGACUAAAUAAGCUCAUUAUCGUAGUGAUUACAAGUGCGUGGCUGAGCUACCUUUCAAACUAUUAGAUAAUGCCGGCCAACCUGUGUGACCAAUUGUCUCAUAUGCAACCUCACGCCCGAUCCUCUUUUUCCUAUUUUUGCAGUAAUAAUAGGUGCCAACGACGUAGGCAAACCAUAGUGGUAUCUCAUAUUGUGUGCAUCAUUUCUAACGC